GCAUGCGCAGUAGGGUUAUUCUGUGGUCGAGCAGACAUGCGCGUCCGAGACUUCCGGUAAAGCUUAGCGGAGUCCAGGGCGACAAAACUAUUUGUCAUUCAUGAUAACUAGUAGCCGUCGCUCCUCCAACUUUUUGAUGGAACCUUUGACAGCUGUAAUGUAUCUCUACAAACUGAAGCACAUUUCAACCACCUAGAGAAACACAAUUGACACCGGAGACGCAACGAAUUAGUCAGGCGAUCGACGACGGAAGCCGAAAAGCUGCAGUUUGUUAAUCGCUCGUAACUGGAGUUCUACAAGUAAAAAUGAACGCUGCAGUAAAAGUGAAGUACGGAACUAUUGUUGAACGGCGCUUCUGAUCCUAAAAGUUAUAGGCCUAUUGUACUCAGCUCCCAAUUAGCUUCAGAUGGCAUCUGGAUCAGAGGACAACCUCACUUGUCCAGUCUGCCAUGACAUCUUUAAAGAUCCUGUUCUUCUGACAUGUAGCCACAGCUUUUGUAAUUCUUGUGUACAGAGAUGGUGGAGACAAAAACCAACACGGUUGUGUCCACUGUGUAUGACUGUGUCUGGAAGUAACAACCCACCUCGUAACUUGGCUUUAAAGCACAUAUGUGAGGCAUUUUUACUGGAGAGAGUUUCAGAAGGGUCUGAGGAUCUCUGCAGUCUGCACUCUGAGAAAUUCAAACUCUUCUGCCUGGACCAUCAGCAGCCAGUGUGUUUCAUCUGUAGGGAAUCAAAAACACAUAGUGACCACAGAUUCAGAUCCAUCAACAAAGCUGCACAGGACCUCAGAGGGGAGCUACAGAUAUCUCUGAAGCCCUUACAGGAGAAACUGAAGCUCUUUGAGCAAGGCCAAAGAAACUGGGAUCAAACAGUAAGACACAUUAAGGCCCAGGCCCAAGACACAGAGAGGCUGAUUAAGGAGCAGUUUAAGAAGCUUCACCAGUUUCUACAAGAGGAAGAGGAGGCCAGGAUCAAAGCUGUGAGGGAGGAAGAGGAGCUUAAGUGUCAGAUAAUGAACAGGAAGACUGAGGCUCUGAGCAGAGAGAUAGCAGCUCUUACUGACACAAUCAGAGCCACAGAGAAGGAGCUGAGAGCUGAAGACGUCUCAUUCCUGCAGAACUACAGUGCUACAGUAAAAAGAGUCCAGGAUCAUCCCCUGCUGGAGGAUCCACAGCUGGUCUCAGGAGUUCUCAUAGAUGUAGCCAAACACCUGGGCAACCUGGCCUUCAACAUCUGGAACAAGAUGAAGGAGGUGGUCUCCUACACUCGUGUGAUUCUGGAUCCAAACACUGCUCAUCCAGAACUUCUGCUGUCUGAUGAUCUGACCAGUGUGAUCAGACUCGGGGAGAAAAAGGUGGUUCCUGAAAUCCCAGACAGGUUUGACAGUCAUUGCGUUGUUCUGGGCUCUGAAGCCUUUAACUCAGGGACUCACAGCUGGGACGUUGAGGUUGGAGGCAAUCCCUCCUGGUCAGUGGGCGUGGCACCAGAGUCUUUUCAAAGAAAGGGACACACAGACAUAACUUCUAGUAUAUGGGCAGUAGUGUUUGACCAAGGUGAAUAUAUAAUAGUGUCCCCACUAGAGUCCUCUAUUCCAUGUCCGGUGACUAAGAUCAAGAGGAUCAGAGUUCAUCUGGACUGGAUUGGAGGAAAGCUGUCAUUCUUUGAUCCUGAUGCUAACACACACAUAAAGACCUUCACACACACUUUCACUGAGAGGAUGUUUCCAGUCAUUAUCACGGGGCAUGAACUCCCGCUGACAAUUUUACCAGUGGUUUGUCAGAAGAGAAUGUGAUGAUGAAGGUGGUGUAACACAGAUGUGGAGGGAGAAACAAUAGAAAGCAGUCGGUAAUAUCGUGUUAGACUGGUCAUACCAAAAUAAACCGUACCCUAAUCAAAACAGGAAAAUGUUUCUGGAUAAGAAGAAUCAUUACAACAGAUGAGACCCCUGAUCCAGACCUUCAGAUUAAAAUUUGAUGUAGGAAAUGUAUAACAGUGAAAUCGAGAAGAUGAAUAUUAUACUUUUGUGCCUUAUUAAUCAACACAGGGGUUUUCAACCAGUGGGCCACAAAGGCAUUGAAAGUGGACCAUGCAUUCAAUAAUGUAGUUUCACUCUAGGAAGAAUUUUAUUUUUUAAACAUUUCUGUGUAUUAUUAUUUGUGAAUAAUCAAAUUCAUUCAAAUAUAUACAUUUUAGUAAAGAUAAAGCACCUUUCAUGAUUAAAACAGUGCCCAUCCAGUCUAUCCACCCCAUAGCCGUGGUCCCUGCUGCAUCAGUUAGUUGAAAUCCCCUGCUGAAAACUGAUAAGAUCAUUACAUUUUACUGAUAUUCAAAUAUAGUUUGUCAGUAAAAGAUAAGAAUGAAUUAGAAAAACCUAAUCUUAAAUCAGGAUAUUAAAAGCCAUCUUUUCCUCCCAUUCCAGUUCAGGCAGGUGUCACUGUUGGUACAAUGGAAACAGCUGCUGUUUUUGACUUUGUCUGGGUCUUUAACAGUUCAUAGAAGUUGGUCUUUAUUUUCUGAAGAAUUAAACUAAUGCUGAUCUAACAGUGUUUCUGAAACUCAUACAGACUCAACACCUGAAACAUUUUCUCGUUCUUUAUCAUGGAGGUAAAACACGCCGUGUCACCCCAUGACCCCGACCCCCAGCUUUGUGUCUGGUGUUAUUUUUGCAUCUCUGUGGAUGUUUUGAGCCUAUAUUUUUGCUGUAUUGUGUUUUUGUAGAUAUUUUGUGUCUCAUUUAAAUCAUUUUUUCUGUUUUAGUUAUUUUGCUUUUUUCUUUUUAGGCACUUUGAGCCUCUUUGUGGCUAUUUUUGUUUGUUUUACUUGUUUUUAUCUUUCAGGUUGUUUUGCAUGGCCUUGUGCUCAUUUUACAUCCCUUUUGGCUGUUUUGUGUCUGUUUCUUACUGAUUGACAUUUCAACAAGAAACGCUAAGUUACUUUAAACAGACGCUCUGGUCCAGGGGUCCCACUGAUCCUUUGGGUGCCCGGUAGGCACGUUUACUACACGUGUCACACCGCUCAUCACCAGCAGACUACUGUAGUACAAUAAUAUGGACAAGAGUGUAAAACUAUGUAAUAAAACGUACAAAAGCUGUUCAAAUGUAAGUACAAAUGACUCCUAAAAUCAGAGUUUAAUGCCUCAAGAAGAAGUUAUUGAGGUUCCCCAGGCAACAAAUCAACAUUCACAGCUUGCGUAUUAAUAUAUGAACACAAAAAUCA